GAGCCCCGGGCCAGGCAGCGCCGAGCGCAAGGAGCCGCCGGGGACAUGUCCAACCAAGGGGCCCGGCGCAACGGGCCCGUCAAGCUGCGACUGACAGUACUGUGUGCAAAAAACUUGGUGAAAAAAGAUUUUUUCCGACUUCCUGAUCCAUUUGCUAAGGUUGUGGUGGACGGAUCUGGCCAAUGCCAUUCUACAGAUACUGUGAAGAAUACACUUGAUCCAAAAUGGAAUCAGCAUUAUGACCUAUAUAUUGGGAAAUCGGAUUCAAUAACGAUCAGCGUGUGGAAUCACAAGAAAAUUCAUAAAAAGCAGGGAGCUGGUUUUCUGGGUUGUGUGAGGCUUCUUUCAAAUGCAAUCAACCGCCUUAAAGACACUGGUUAUCAGAGAUUGGAUCUGUGCAAGCUUGGGCCUAAUGACAACGACACUGUUAGAGGACAGAUAGUAGUAAGUCUUCAGUCCCGAGACCGAAUAGGCACAGGAGGACAAGUUGUGGAUUGCAGUCGUUUGUUUGAUAAUGAUUUACCAGAUGGGUGGGAGGAGCGGAGGACUGCUUCUGGAAGGAUCCAAUACUUAAAUCAUAUUACAAGAACAACUCAGUGGGAAAGACCAACACGGCCAGCGUCUGAAUAUUCCAGUCCAGGAAGGCCUCUAAGCUGUUUUGUGGAUGAGAACACUCCAAUUACAGGAACGAAUGGCGCAACAUGUGGGCAGUCGUCAGACCCACGAGUGGCAGAGAGGAGAGUCAGGUCACAAAGACACAGAAAUUACAUGAGCAGGACACAUUUGCACACUCCUCCUGAUCUACCUGAAGGAUAUGAGCAAAGGACUACUCAGCAAGGUCAGGUCUAUUUUCUACAUACUCAGACUGGUGUUAGCACGUGGCAUGAUCCAAGAGUUCCUAGGGAUCUUAGCAACAUCAAUUGUGAAGAGCUUGGUCCACUGCCUCCUGGAUGGGAGAUCCGAAAUACAGCAACAGGCAGGGUUUAUUUUGUAGACCAUAACAACAGAACAACGCAGUUUACAGAUCCACGGCUAUCUGCUAACUUGCAUUUAGUCUUAAACCGCCAGAAUCAGCUUAAGGACCAGCAGCACCAGCAGCAGCAGCAGGUUGUGGCCUUGUGUCAGCUUCCUGAUGAGGCCGAGUGUCUCACGGUGCCGAGGUACAAGCGAGACCUUGUGCAGAAGCUCAAGAUCCUGCGGCAGGAGCUGUCGCAGCAGCAGCCUCAAGCUGGACAUUGUCGUAUUGAGGUCUCCAGGGAAGAGAUUUUUGAGGAAUCCUACAGGCAAGUCAUGAAGAUGAGGCCUAAAGACCUGUGGAAACGAUUAAUGAUAAAGUUUCGUGGGGAGGAAGGCCUUGACUAUGGAGGUGUUGCCAGGGAAUGGCUCUACUUACUGUCCCAUGAAAUGCUGAAUCCAUAUUACGGUCUCUUCCAAUAUUCCCGAGAUGAUAUCUACACACUGCAGAUCAACCCCGACUCUGCAGUUAACCCGGAACACUUGUCAUAUUUCCACUUCGUGGGCCGGAUAAUGGGGAUGGCUGUGUUUCACGGCCACUAUAUCGACGGGGGCUUCACGUUGCCUUUCUACAAGCAGUUGCUAGGGAAGCCAAUUACUUUGGAUGACAUGGAAUUGGUUGACCCCGAUCUUCAUAACAGCUUAGUCUGGAUACUUGAGAAUGAUAUCACAGGAGUCUUGGACCAUACGUUUUGUGUAGAACACAAUGCAUAUGGGGAAAUCAUUCAGCAUGAACUGAAACCCAAUGGCAAAAGCAUCCCAGUAACAGAAGAAAAUAAAAAGGAAUAUGUCAGACUUUAUGUGAACUGGCGAUUUUUACGAGGAAUUGAAGCUCAGUUUCUGGCUUUACAGAAGGGGUUUAAUGAAGUAAUCCCACAACAUCUGCUGAAGACAUUUGAUGAGAAGGAGUUAGAGCUCAUCAUUUGUGGACUGGGAAAAAUAGAUGUUAACGACUGGAAGGCAAAUACUAGGUUAAAACACUGUACCCCAGACAGCAACAUUGUGAAAUGGUUCUGGAAAGCUGUGGAGUUUUUUGAUGAAGAAAGGAGAGCGCGACUGCUCCAGUUUGUGACUGGCUCCUCCCGAGUGCCUCUGCAGGGCUUCAAGGCAUUACAAGGUGCUGCAGGUCCACGACUAUUUACAAUACACCAAAUCGAUGCCAGCACUAAUAAUUUGCCAAAAGCUCAUACCUGCUUUAAUCGAAUAGACAUUCCUCCCUAUGAAAGCUAUGACAAGCUAUAUGAGAAGCUGCUAACUGCCAUUGAAGAAACAUGUGGGUUUGCUGUGGAAUGACCCUUCACAGACUUACCUGGGACUCUAUUUAUACUCCUGUCAGCCAGAAAGCCCUUCCCUCAGACAAGACUCAAGAAAUGCUUGAAAUACAGGAAACUUUCCCUCUUCUACACUAGGACACUGUGAGGGAAAGGACAACUUUGGAUUUUUUUUUUCUUUCAAGAAAAUAGAUUCUGUGGCUCUUGCUAUAGAAUCAUUCAGCUGCUAUUAAAAACUAAUAUCUUGAACAUACAGAAUGCUGACUUUUCCUACAUUUCAACUGUUAAGCAGUAUUCUAUACUUAAAGACUACUACUAUUUUUGUAAAAGGUGAUCUAUUAUAUUUGCCUACCUGAUUUCUAUUCUCAGAUACCAAGACACAACUUCAGCAGUCGGUACAAGUCACGUUUCAGCCUGGUUUAAGUGUAAGAUACUGAAGCAUCUAUACCUGCUAUUUUUUGGAAAAAAAAGUAUUUUGGAUUAUUCUAACUUUGCAUAAAAUUGGCUGAAGAAAUCAUUAAUCUUUUUAAUUAAAGCCACUUACAUGUUAACUGCAUUUUCUUAUAGUAAAACAUUAUAUUCUGCAAUGUAAAUUCAACUUAAAUGUUACCACAGGGGGCUUUUUUAUAUUUUUCAAGCAUGAAUUACAAAUAUGAUGUUUUUGAGUCCUAUUUAUAUCACUUGUCAGAUUCCUUGAAACAAAAUUUCUAGUCUGAGUGGCACAUACUGUAUUUGGUACAGUACUUGUGUUAACGCUGUGUUAACGGAUUCUAUGAUUCUAACAUGUGGGAUAGACCUUUUUAAUGAAUGGUAGACAUUUGGUUUUUUUAACAGCAUUUUUGUAACAAAUCUGUCAAGAGUAUUUUUGUUGCUUUUGACUGUAAAUUUAUCACUGCAUUUUUCAAGUUUUCAAGCAUGCUGAUGAGGUGGUAUUUGACAGUGGAAGCCUGUCAGCAGCUUAUUUCAGAACCCAUCGUGUCCAGUCAACCAAAGUUUGUUUGAAUGCAGCCAAAUCACAUUAUCUAUUUGUUGAUGCUAAAGAUUUAUCAGGUAAAAUAAUGUUUUAAUCUCUGUCUAGCUGCUCAUGACAUGUGCUUUUAAGUUACAACUAAGGAAAAACGGUGAUAAAGUUUUAAAAAAAAAAAAGUUGUAUUAACUGUAAUACAUGCAAUGUGCUUUAAAAGUGAUGUUUUCAAAGCACAUAAUUUAUUGAUUGUAGGGAUGGAAUUAAGUAUAUAUAUGAAUUAUAACAUGGGUUGAUCUAUUCAAAGGGGAUUAAAAUGCACUACCAGUAGAGGGAAUUGAAUUUUGAAGUAAGUUUGGGAAUUCUCAGUUAUGAUCUGCUCAUGGUGUGUAGCUGUCUCAAUCUACUCAAUGGACAGUGGCAUUCUCCUCAAUGGUGAGAGGUUUGGAAUAGGUGGCUUUUGUUUCCAAUCAGUGUUGUGUUUCUUAACUUAGGUUACAAUCAAUCAUCAAAUCUGCACUAUUUUACACUACCGAUGAGAAGAAAGUCUAGUGUCUGUACGAGAAUGGGAUAUAAAGAGCUGUUCCACGUUGCAGCGUAAGUUACACAGUGAGCUAGCUGAUUUUCUGUCUGUGCUAUGGAGCUUGAACUUCAUUUUGUUCUGCCAAAUCUGACUGCUACAGUGAACAAACUACUACUGGAUGUUGUGUAUUAGAAUAGUGGGCAAUGAGCUACUUUUGUAGAAUUGUGGUAAGAAUCUGGUGAGCCAAACGCAACCAUUCGAUUGAUUUUGGUACAGCUGUUGCUGGAAGGCUUGUUCUGAAAGACCCGCUUAGCCAUGAGGCUACAAAGGGAUGUAAACAUCAAGGCCAAAAACUUGCUUUGAGAGCCAGGCUUUGGAAUAUAUAGGCUCUUUCUUAAUUUCAAGGGGCUGUUGCACUCAUUUAAAAUGGCUGGUACCUUUGCUUCUGCAGCUGGGGUACCUCGAGGCUUUCCAGCAACACUGUUACAGAGAAGCUGUCCGCCUGUUUUCCGAACAUUUGUCCAAGUUGUUUGGGAGAGCAAAGUAGGAUGUUGCCCAGUGUGUUUCUUGCUCAGCGCUGCUGCCUCUGGUUUGGGACCACUGCUCUAGACAUGCCCGGAGGCCUCUUCUCACUCCUUUGAUUUAGAGGAGUGACAUGAAUUGCCCUUGACAGAGACCAGGUUCUUCUGACCACUGUUCAGAGGAUAGAAAGCCUAGUGUUGUGCAAGGCAGCUUGUUCUGCCCUGCUCCGGCUCUGCCUGUAAGGCUUUUUCAGCUGCCCUGAUUGGGAAGGCAACUUUCCUCAGCAAAAUCCAGCUAGAUCCGGCCGUUGGGAGAAGUCAGGGCUCGGUCAGGAUCCCUGGGGCAGCACUGUUUACUGUCACAGUAGCAGCUCCUGCCCGUGUUACCUGUACACAGCACCCAGGGACCUUCUCCCCAUCUAUUUACUUAAGCUGGUAAAUUUAUUGAACACACCGUUAUGGCCACCCUAGAGGAGGGAGGAGGUGAGAUCUGCAGAGAACAGUAUAAAGGACUUGAUAACUACUGUUCAUUUUCACAGCAGCCUUAGCAGUACAUCUGUUUGUUCUAUCAAAUGUUUUGGUGUGGCAUUGAGAUUUUUUUUAAUGCCACAAGAUAAAUAUUGUAAAUUUAAUAUAUGAUAGGCAAAACUAGACAAAUCUACAUUUGACUAGCCAUAGCUGACAGAUGAGAAUGAAUAUAUCAACUAUCUUGAGUGCCUUUCUACCUUUCUAAUGACUGAGAGCUUUAACUGAAGCACCUCAUCAUCUAGUCAGACAUUUAUAAAAAUAAUGUUAAACGGUUAAUUCCUUUGCAAAAUUUUAUUUCAAGAUCAUGUCAGCUACUUUCCCCUCCAAAAGGUGCUAAGCCUAAUAUUGCAUUUUAACCUUGGACUUUCACCCCAUGAUUAAUGUGAAUAUUUAUUUCAACAUAUCCCUCUUACUGGAUUUUACUUCAUCCAGUCUUUAGCUGUUUUAGAAAGAUGUCACAUCAUUGUUUUUAUGCUGUUGCUUUUCAUUAUGAAUGUUUAAUUAUGAACAGUGACUUUUGUAGAUUUCAAAUAUACAGUACACAGUUGAGUUUCAGAGGAUUUAAUUUCUCGGUGUAAAGAGUUUUGUAAUGGUGCUUUGUACAGUAUGUAUUCUAAUUUUUUUGCACAUAGUUUCAGUUUCCCUGAACUGAUUUAUUUUUACCAAAUUUGUGUUGUACUAAAGUCCAGAGCACACAACCUGUUUUUAAGUUCUUCUACAACACUACACAUCUGUAUUAAACUUCUGGUGCGUUUAAACUGGCUGCAUUGAUGGAAGUAAAAGCUUUGCUUCUAUAGCAUCAGUAUGCGUUAUACAGCUUGAUGUAGCAUGCUCCACUUGCUUCAGAUUUUAAACUGCACCACAUAGUUAACAGGUGCCAGUUGUUGUCCUUUUCACUAUAUAGUA